CAACUCGCAAAGUGCCAAACGUAACCAGAGGAGUGUAGAUCUAGGUUUCCCCACCAGGAACAGAGCGGCGGCGGCGGCGACAGCGGCAGCGGCAGGGCAAGAAGAUCAACUGCAUCGGCUCGCCGAGAUGGAGGGGGAUUCGGAGAUGACGGAGGAGGUGGGGAGAAAGAGGGAAAUCCAGAACGGUUCGGAGAUGGCCGGGGAGAGGAGAACGUCGAGGAAGAUCACACCGAUCGAGUAUCCAUCAUGGAUGAAUGCUUCCGACAAGAGGAAACAUGAAAGUUAUAUGAAGCUAUUGGUGGCGAAGUGGAACGCCCGGAACCCCAAUGCGACGCCGCUUGUGCUGGAAGAGCUCACGCAGGAGCAGCGGGCGUGGCUGAAACAAGAGCAUUUGGCCAGGGAGAAAGAGAUUGGCGAGGCGUACGUAGCCAGGAUGAAGGAGGAAGACGCGAGAGUGGAGGCGGAAAGGGAUCCGAACGAAGACAACGACGACCGGCUUUACCAACACUACCGAGAGCAUUGGGAGUGGAAAACAAACAAAGAGUUCGGCUCCUUCGAGGACAGGACUCGGAUCCCUGCUAUGUGCUUCACGGUUGAUCCGAUGCCUCGUAUCAGCAGGACCAUGCGUUCCAUGCAGAUCUUUUCAGUCAAAGUCAAGGAAGUGUGCGGGGAUUUACACUGGCCGCUGGAUGUGUUUGGUAUCAUUGCUGUGAGGGACGACCUGGAUUACAAUCGAAAUGUCAUCUUUGAGCGCAACAGGGACAACUGUCAAACCCUCAAUGAGCAGGAUCCAUAUUUGGUACUAACAGGUCCUGUCCGUGCUCCUGUGACUAUGUUUGGGCCUAUGCGUUUGGACGUCAUCCUGAAGGUGAGGCGCACUAACGAAUCCGAGGACAAAGUUCUAAGCCUGAUAGGCGAACGCUAUGAAUGCUGUGAAUCUGUCAAUUAUCAGGCGAGUAAUGGACAGUGUGCCAUCAGAUCGUGUGUGAGCAGUGAGAAAUAUAAAAGCAAGCUCAGUACACUGGAGGUGACAUGUGGCAUCGUGGUUAAAUCCAUCGAGGCCACAAUCAGUGUCCAUAUUAUUGAAGGGUCAUGGCCAGAUGGAUUCAGCGGGCAAUUCACUGCCUUUACUGCUAGUGUCAGUCACAUGAAGGUGUUGCUAUUAAAAUUUGGAGAUGGAAGUGUGCCUGUUUCUGCUGCUGAUGGCACCCUGGAGCUCUCACGACGUGUGGUUUCUGUUGAAAGAUUUGGGGAGCUGCGAAUUUGUGCAUCAGCGUGGAAAGGCAGCAACAAGUUUGAGCAUGAGGUGUCCUUUCAACCUUCGCAAUCUGGUAGAAGCUCUCAUCCUCUUACAGUUGGCUCGUGUGAAAUGGAAGCUACCGUUUGCUGGUCUCUUUUUCCUGUACGUUAUCCCACCACUAUCUGCACUUCUUCAAGCAAUGGUGUGGCAGGCAAGGUUGCGUGAAGUGAUAGUAUGAUAACAACUAAUCCAUUGAUGCAAGUGCCUAUGCAGUUUGAUUAGCUAUAUUAAUCAACAAUUGUGUGAGGCUGGUGCACAUCUGAUCUGUGCUUUUAUGUAGCGGGACAUGUACUUCUGAAACUUAAGAUUGCGGCUGUUGCUUCGGAAGUAUUGCGUUAACUUGUAUGAAGUUGUGUUUUAUGCUAAUUAAUGACAUCCUGAUCUAUCUGAAUAUUGUUUCAUUGUGUGGGAGUAUUAAUUAGCUGAUGUCUGAGAUUUAUGCUA